CGCUGAGUGCAGGAAAUGGCCGGGGCUAGCUCCGCCGCGGUGUCGGGGGCCGGUACGCCGGUGGCCGGGCCCUCGGGCCGGGACCUAUUCGCGGAAGGGCUGCUGGAGUUCCUGCGGCCCGCCGUGCAGCAGCUCGACUCUCAUGUGCACGCGGUUCGGGAGAGCCAGGUGGAGCUGCGGGAACAGAUUGACAGUUUGGCCACAGAACUCUGCAGAAUCAAUGAAGACCAGAAGGUGGCUUUGGACCUGGAUCCCUACGUGAAGAAGCUCCUCAAUGCCAGGAGACGAGUCGUCUUGGUUAAUAACAUCCUACAGAAUGCUCAGGAACGGUUGAGACGGUUGAACCACAGUGUUGCCAAGGAGACAGUUCGACGGCGAGCCAUGCUAGAGUCAGGGGGCUACCCUUCUGGUUCCCCAAGCAAAUAAUGCUUCUCAGAACAACCAUGAGUCCUGUUCUCUAAUUGCCUUGCUUCAACUUUAGACUUCAACUGUGACUCUAGAAGACACUGAAUCUAUUGACCUGGAAGGAAAUGGAGUAUUUAAACAGCUGCUUUGCCAUUUGUGUUUUGAGCACUUGGGAGCUUGAUUAACCCAUUUUGAUUGGGUCACCAGAAGUAGCCCCUUGCCUGAAUUCAGGCUGAAAAAGUUCCAUGAGAAUCAGUUCGUAAGUAUUCUAGUUUUUAAAGAGCUGUUUAUAAAAGAGUGCAGGCUUAUACAGGGAAAAGCUGCAGACUCCAGAUCCACCCAGCACCCUGAACCUGGGUGGCUUUUUUCCUGCUAGGUGCUAAGUUGCUCAUCCCUGGACAGCUUCCCUCAUAGUGACUUGUACUUUUUCCUAUGCUUGCACUGAGGAUUUGAGGGGAAAGGAUCUUGGUGAAGAGGCCUUGCCCAUCCACCCUUCUGUUGAUUGCACUAGCUUUUAGCUGCCACAGCAGCAUUUCUGUCAAGUGUACAAUUCAAUAAAUGUCAGAGUAUUAAUGCUGUAA